AUGGAGCCUGAAAUAAACUGCUCUGAAUUUUGUGACAGUUUUCCUGGCCAGGAGCUGGAUCAGAGACCCCUUCAUGAUCUCUGCAGGACAACAAUUACCUCUUCCCAGCAUAGCAGUCAGACGGUCCCUUCAUUGUCUCCUGCCCUCUUGGGUGUUAUUUGGACUUUUCUCAGCUGUGGACUACUUUUGAUACUCUUCUUCCUUGCCUUCACAAUUCGCUGCAGGAAGAACAGGAUUGUGAAGAUGUCCAGUCCCAAUCUGAACAUUGUGACCUUACUGGGCAGUUGUCUGACUUACAGUAGUGCUUAUCUCUUUGGGAUUCAAGAUGUUUUUACAGGGAGUUCAAUGGAAACUCUCAUUCAGAUAAGACUGUCUCUGCUGUGCAUUGGGACCUCCCUUGUGAUUGGCCCUGUUCUGGGGAAGAGCUGGCGACUCUACAARGUGUUUACCCAGAGAGUCCCGGACAAGAGAGUGAUUAUCAAAGACCUGCAGUUGCUGGGGUUGGUGGCAGCCCUGGUGAUGGCCGAUGUGAUCCUGCUCAUGACAUGGGUGCUGACUGAUCCCAUUCAGUGCCUCCAGAUCGUCGGUGUCAGCAUGACGGUGACAGGGAGAGAUGUGUCCUGCUCUUUCACCAACACACACUUCUGUGCUUCACGGUACUCUGAUGUCUGGAUUGCUCUCGUUUUGGGAUGCAAGGGACUGUUCUUGCUGUAUGGUGCCUACCUGGCUGGCCUGACAGACCACGUCAGCUCUCCUCCUGUGAAUCAGUCCCUAACAAUCAUGGUUGGGGUCAACCUCCUGGUACUGGCUGCAGGGCUGCUGUUUGUAGUCACCAGAUACUUGCACUCCUGGCCCAACCUCGUCUUUGGACUCACAUCUGGAGGCAUCUUUGUUUGCACAACCACAAUCAACUGCUUCAUCUUCAUUCCUCAGCUGAAGCAAUGGAAGGCAUUUGAAGGGGAAAACCAAACAAUCAGACACAUGGCCAAAUAUUUCAGUACUCCCAGCAAAAGCUUGCAUACCCAGUUUGGUGACGAACAGACCUGCCACCUGAGAGGAGAGAAGAGCUCCAUGGAGAGGCUCCUCACAGAAAAAAAUGCUGUGAUUGAAAGCCUGCAGGAACAAGUAAACAAUGCCAAAGAGAAGCUGGUGCGGCUGAUGUCUGCUGAGUGCACCUAUGACACCCCAGAGUGGGCUGUCCCACCCACCUCUUUCCAGGGCCAGGAUGCCCCAGCUGCAGCCUCUGCUCAUGACCUGGCAGCUCAGGGACCUUCAGAAUGCCCCUCUGCCUCUCAGGAUGAUGUGGGCAAAGCUACCCAAGACUCCCAGUGCACCUCAGCAUCCUCCCCACACAUGCAGAGCCUCAGGACACCUGCAAGGGACACCAGCUCCUCCCCAGGCCAGAAAAUGCCUGACUUGAAAGACUUUUCCGAUCAUCCAGACUUGGGUUGUAGCCAGAAGCCGCAGGCUGAGCAAAGACAAAGUCCAGAAAGAGAAGACCAGGGACCUGAGGCCCCCAGCCAGAGUGUCGUACUAAGUGGAGGGGCCUCUGGUCUCCAGAGACAAAGGCAGGGCUCAGAGGCUUCCCCAGAGAGAGUACCUGGGGUCAGUUCAGCAGUCAGGGAAAAGCUUCAGGAAGUCUUACAAGAGCUGGACUUGGGCCCUGAGGCUCCCCUCUCUGCCUCCCCAUCUCGUCCUCUGCAGCUCUGGAAAAGCAGUGCUGCCCAYAGUCCCCAAAAGAUGCCCCUUUCCAGGGAGCUGGGCUUCAGCCCAUACAUAGUGAGGAGGAGGCGGGCAGCUCAGCGGGCCCGCUCACACUUUUCUGGCUCCGUACCCUCCUAUGUGUGGCAUCAGGCAGACAGGACUGUUUAUGGGGCACACAGUGGGCUGAAUGUGCAGAGUGGGGACAACCGCAGGCUGUACCUCCAAACUGCUGAUUCUAAGGUACUGAGGCUUUCUUCCAGGAAGCCUUUACUACUCCCAGAUCCUCAAGGGAGGCCAGGGUCCCUGGAGGGCAGCAAACACCGGACAGARCCCCAGGGGGCUGAAGAGAGCCAAGCAGCCUUUCCUCACCAGCCUUCUGCCUCUGCUCAGGCACAGAGUCCCACUGCCCCACGCCUUCCCCGCUCACCAGACCUGCCUGAGCAGCAGCGGCUUCGGCCCCCAGGUUACCCUGGCUGUCCCUUCCUGUCUUCUCAGUGCAACUACCUUGACACUGAGUCCAGCAGCUCAGAUGAGUUCUUCUGCCACUGCCACCGACCCUACUGUGAGAUCUGUUUCCAGAGCUCUUCUGACUCCAGUGACAGUGGCACAUCAGACACUGAUCCUGAACCUGCUGGGGGGCUGGUCUCCUGGGAAAAACUGUGGGCCCGCUCCAAGCCCAUUGUGAACUUCAAAGAUGACUUGAAACCCACGCUGGUAUAA